AUGGCUUCAACAAGAGUUUGUUUAUGGUUUUUAUUUAUGAUUAUUACACAAGUAGUCGGAGAAGAUAUACAAUCAAUGAUAAUGUCUUUAACGAUUAAUUCCAAGUUUCAAUGUGCAAAUACAACUUAUUUACCAUUCAUUAAUAUUAUUACAUCAAACAUUAGAAAUUGUCAACUAGCCUGUUUAACUCAAAGUCAAUGCAGAGCAGCAACUUUUCAUCGAUCAACUUCUAAUUGUGAAUUAUUUGAUAAUAUAUUAAACCAAAAUGGAAAUAUGUUGACUGAUGUGGAUGCUACUAGUAUGGAUGUUAUUAGUGGAGCACGAUUCUUAUCGGAAUGGACAACCACUGGAAAUAUGAAUGUCGCUCGAUAUAUUCAUACAGUAUCUACAUUAGCAAAUGGAUUAGUAUUAGUUACUGGUGGAUACAACCUCAGUGCUUAUCUUAAUAGUGCUGAAUUGUACAAUCCAUCGACAGGCACUUGGACAACCACAGGAAACAUGAGUGUUGUACGAGCACAUCACACAGCAUCCACAUUAGUAAAUGGAUCAGUAGUAACUGCUGGUGGAACCAGCAGCGGUCGUUAUCUCAAUAGUACUGAAUUAUACCAUCCAUCAACGGGCGCUUGGACAAUCACAGGAAGCAUGAAUGUUGCUCGAAAAGAUCACACAGCAUCCACAUUAGCAAAUGGAUCAGUAUUAGUUGUUGCUGGACAGAGCAACGGUAGUGUUUAUCUUAAUAGUGCUGAGUUGUACAAUCCAUCGACAGGCACUUGGACAAUCACAGGAAACAUGAGUAUCGUACGAUAUCGUCACACAGCAUCCACAUUAGAAAAUGGAUUAGUAUUAGUUACUGGUGGAUACAACAACGUUACUGAUUAUCUCAAUAGUCCUGAAUUGUACAAUCCAUCGACAGGCACUUGGACAACUACAGUAAAUAUGAAUAUUGCACGAGAUUACCAUACAGCAUCCAUAUUAGCAAAUGGAAAAGUAUUAGUUACUGGUGGAAGCAACAGCGGUGGCGCUCUCAAUGAUGCUGAGCUGUACGAAUCGAUAUAG